AUGGUUUCUUCAAAGAUCGCCAUCCUCGCUGUCGUCAUGUUCGCCUGCAUCAUGCAUACGCAAGCUGCAUCAUCUGAAGACGACGACAAGAAAAAUGACGGCGGCUUUUCUCUUAGCAACUUAGAAGCCAUAAAGAACUUUAACAAAAUCUUCUCAGAGAUCUCCAAGAACCCAACACAAACCUUAUCAAUCCUCUCUAAUUCGAUAAAGGGAAAGGCGAAGGGUGCAUCGAAGAACAAGGGCUCCGACAAGGACGAUAACUAA